AUGGUGGGAAUUGCCGCCGGUCGCUCUCUGGAGGGACAAAACGCCGCCAGGCUGGCCAUGACAUGGAAAGAUCGGCAACGCACACGGGUUCCCCUGGUUGAUCUCGACGACAACCCUUUCUGCGUUGAAAGGCGGACGAACGAAGAAUGGCACAUGAUGCAACUCAACAAGAACCCAUCGUUGGUUCACCUGACUUCAGCAGACGUACCACGGACGGCCUCUUUUAUGGUGGACAGUGAGAAACCUUUCAGAGAAUUUUCCCGGAAAAAACGGAACUUGCUGACCUGGUCUCUUCGCGCCACCUCCGCCUCCGACGCGGCAGCUCAAGCAACCGCGAACAAGACCCACAUGCCUACACGGCGUUUGAGCACGACGGUUCCUUCCGACUUGGACGGCACCGACAUAGGCGAACUUUUCAACAUGGAGCAAGGGGUGUCAGGGCGCGUCCUGCACCCCACUGAUCGUGUGGAGGUAGACGUCGACACACUGCCGACCCUGGAGCCGUACCGGCGAGAGGUGGUUGCGCAGCAGCCGAUUACGUUUGGUCACAGGCCGUUAUCUGCGUCGCGAAUGUUCAACCCGUGCACAAUGGCAACGUCGUGUGGAACCCCAAGCGAUGGCCACCACCCCAGUACCGGAGGUAUUCGCGAAAGGAAAAAGGGCGGUGGUGGACAAAAAGGCGGGUCAAGCCGUAAGCGAGGCCGAAAUAACAAGCCUCGCCGAACGACCGGUCUCAGUGCACCAAUGCUCAAAGCGCUCUUGAAGGGAGACACUCCGACAGGAGAGGGGGGGGCUGCGUUGGUGACAGCAUAUCAGCAGCAGCAGGAGCCGCUUGAGCCAAAUGGAAACAUCGUGUCUAGAGACUCGACUCCUAAGCCAAACUACUUGGUGCUUGGCGGGCAAGAGGAUUCAACCGACUCUUUCGUAGAUAGCGAAAAAUUAGACGAAAGCAUGUGGCGAUCCGUUGACGACCUUGGAAGAGGAGAGGCGCUCGGAGAACUAGAACCGUGGCUGCAGACCUCGAGCCAGGAGGGGCUGGGACAUGGCCGGCGUAGGCUAGGUAACACGAAGGAGGGGCUGGAGCUACAGCGAAUAUUCUCUACUGAGCGCCCUCCUUGGGACGGAGCACCGGCACCGUUGCCUGCUCCCCAACAUACGAGACGAGCUAUCAGCUCGCUAUUGAUACCGGAUCCAGACGAAAGGCUGCGGGACAAGCUCAUAAAGUUCAGGAAAGCCGCCGCGGGUGUGCCGGUCACCGCCUCCAGCACGAAGGACGAGAGAGAACAAAAGCUGAGGCCCUUCAACCCAACGCCCACUGGACGGUGGGAGCUGUGCCCCGCCACCCCUCGCGCGGUGAUCGCCCGGCAAGAGAUCAGAAGACUCUCGGAAUUGCGGGAGGAGCGGGAUAGCGCCAUGGCCAAGAAAGUGCGGCAAGCUGAGUUGGGUGUGCUCUUCAAAAAGAUCGCCCCGUCGGAGAAACUUUACCGCAAAACGCUUCAAAUAGCCCAAGAGAGGUUCCGGCACCAGGGUACUGCAGCGACCUAGCCUUGAGGUUGAAGCACAGAAUGGCAGGACUCGAUGCUCUUGGUUCGCUGUGUGGACUUGCACUACUCCAGGAGACGGAGGAAAAAGCAUGUCUGACGCGGGCUUUUGUUUCUUUCAAAGUGUCUUCACAAGUGGGAACCGUACGACUCUGUUGUUGUGUUGU